GUAGUGGCUCCAAUCCUUUCCAGCAUUUGGAGAAGAGUGCUGUGCUUCAGGAGGCACGUAUCUUUAAUGAGACCCCUAUAAAUCCACGAAGGUGUGUGAGUGGGUUUUGUAAGGUGGAGGUGGCUGGAUAAUGACGGUGUAUUUUUCUCUCACCGCUUUUAUGCCGUUUUCAGGGUGAACACUUUGGAACCACUGAAGCCACAGAAGCUUUUUUUGCUAUGACCAGACUAUUUCAAUCUAAUGAUCAAACCCUUAGAAGAAUGUGUUACCUUACUAUCAAAGAGAUGGCCAAUAUUUCUGAGGACGUCAUCAUCGUCACAAGCAGUUUGACCAAGGACAUGACGGGGAAGGAGGAUGUGUACCGAGGCCCGGCCAUCCGAGCGCUCUGCAGGAUCACUGAUGGCACAAUGUUACAAGCCAUUGAGAGAUAUAUGAAGCAAGCCAUUGUGGACAAAGUCCCCAGUGUGUCCAGUUCUGCACUGGUGUCUUCCUUGCACAUGAUGAAGAUCAGUUAUGACGUAGUCAAACGGUGGAUCAACGAAGCUCAAGAAGCAGCUUCUAGCGACAACAUCAUGGUGCAGUACCAUGCUUUGGGGCUGCUCUAUCACCUUAGGAAAAAUGAUCGCCUUGCAGUUUCCAAGAUGCUGAAUAAAUUCACUAAAUCUGGACUGAAAUCCCAGUUUGCGUACUGCAUGCUGAUCCGAAUUGCAAGCAAACUCUUGAAGGAGUCUGAAGAGGGCCAUGAAAGCCCACUGUUCGACUUCAUUGAGAGCUGCCUGCGGAAUAAGCACGAAAUGGUCAUUUACGAAGCUGCUUCUGCCAUCAUCCACCUCCCGAACUGCACCGCCAGGGAGCUGGCACCUGCUGUUUCAGUGCUGCAGCUUUUCUGUAGUUCUCCCAAGCCUGUCUUGAGAUACGCGGCUGUACGGACCCUUAAUAAAGUGGCCAUGAAGCAUCCAUCUGCAGUCACUGCCUGCAACCUGGACCUGGAAAACCUCAUCACUGACUCCAACCGCAGCAUCGCUACCCUCGCCAUCACCACCCUGCUGAAGACAGGCAGUGAGAGCAGUGUAGACAGGCUCAUGAAACAGAUCUCUUCCUUCGUGUCAGAAAUAUCAGAUGAGUUUAAGGUAGUGGUAGUGCAGGCUAUCAGUGCUUUGUGCCAGAAAUACCCUCGGAAACACAGCGUCAUGAUGACCUUCCUCUCCAAUAUGCUCAGGGAUGAUGGUGGCUUUGAGUACAAGCGAGCCAUUGUGGACUGUAUAAUCAGCAUCAUUGAGGAGAAUCCUGAGAGUAAGGAAUCGGGCUUGGCUCACCUCUGCGAGUUCAUUGAAGACUGCGAACACACUGUCCUCGCCACGAAGAUCCUGCAUCUGCUGGGGAAAGAGGGGCCGAGGACUCCGUCCCCAUCCAAGUACAUCCGCUUCAUAUUCAACAGGGUGGUACUGGAGAACGAGGCUGUGAGGGCUGCUGCCGUGAGUGCACUAGCCAAGUUUGGUGCCCAAAAUGAGAAUCUGCUUCCCAGCAUCUUGGUGCUUUUGCAGAGGUGCAUGAUGGACAGCGAUGACGAAGUUCGGGACAGAGCCACGUUCUACCUGAAUGUGCUGCAGCAGAGGCAGAUAGCACUGAACGCUGCCUAUAUUUUUAACGGGUUGACUGUCUCUGUUCCUGGGAUGGAGAAAGCCCUACACCAAUAUACACUGGAGCCUUCUGACAAACCUUUUGAUAUGAAAACAGUUCCGCUGGCUACUGCACCAAUCUUUGAACAGAAAGCAGAGAUUGCCCUAGUGACCAGCAAGCCUGAGAAAGUUGCUCCUUCACGUCAGGAUAUAUUUCAAGAACAACUGGCAGCCAUUCCAGAGUUUAAGAGCUUGGGUCCCUUAUUCAAGUCUUCGGAACCAGUGCAGCUCACAGAGGCAGAAACAGAGUAUUUUGUUCGUUGUAUUAAACACGUGUUCACGAAUCACAUCGUUUUCCAGUUUGAUUGCACGAACACGUUAAAUGACCAGCUGUUAGAGAGAGUCACUGUGCAGAUGGAGCCGUCGGACGCUUACGACGUGAUCUGUUGCAUCCCGGCGCCCAGCUUGGCUUACAACCAGCCGGGCAUGUGUUACACCCUUGCCCAGAUUCCUCAGGAUGACCCCACUGCAG